GUCUCCCAUGAUUUUGCCAUUAACUUCAGUGCUGAGGACGAUGAGUGUGAAGGCAUCCAGGGGGUGGUGGAGUCUUACCAGAGUUGCUUGCCCAAGAUCCAGCUCUACGGCCCAACCAACGUGGCCCCCAUCAUCUCCAAAGUGGCCAAAGUAGCCGCCAAUGAAGAAAAGACGCAGGAGGCUUCGCAAUACUACAUCCUGCUGAUCCUGACCGACGGGGUGGUGACCGACAUGGCAGACACGCGGGAAGCCAUCGUCCGGGCCUCCUAUCUGCCCAUGUCCAUCAUCAUUGUGGGGGUGGGCAAUGCCGACUUCACCGACAUGCAGAUCCUGGACGGGGACGAUGGGAUCCUUCGCUCCCCCAAAGGAGAGCCGGUCAUGCGGGAUAUCGUGCAGUUCGUCCCCUUCCGAGACUUCAAGAAUGCUUCGCCCACCGCGCUGGCCAAGUGUGUUCUGGCAGAGGUGCCCAAGCAGGUGGUCGAAUAUUACAGCUCCAAGGCCUUGCCCCCCCGCGGCCCCAAAGGGAGCACCCCCGGCUCUGCUUUGAACUCACCGCAGUGACCCUGCAGCGACCCCACCGGCCACCCUGCGUCUGUCUCCCCUCCUUGUGCUGGUCCUCCAGAAAGCAAGACCCACCGAGAGCUUCUCUGUCCACCGCCAGAGCAGGACGUCUCCUGCCCCCUCACCCCCCAGCUGUUUGGGCCCCAGGACAGCGAAAUUGUGCAAGAGGCCAGCGAGUCCAGGAAGGGGCCUGAGAUGGGGGGGGGCGAAUGGGGACAGAGAGUGGGCAGCCGGGCAGCAGGCGCUCCAAGUUAGGCAAAGCCAAAGAGGCUGCAGGAUUGCGAAGGAAAGAGAGAGGAAGGCCGAGAGGGGAAGUGGGCACCCUUUGCCCCUCAUCAUUGGCAUCCAGAUACAUCCAGAAGGGCCCAGGAAGCUCCUCUUUGCCCCCCCCCCCUUUGGUCUCCCUCAGGCAGGGGAAUAAAC